GCAAAACUAAUGGAACGUGUGAAAAAGAUUUACACGAAACCCCGCCAAUCUUACAUAUAAUAUAUUUUAAUUAAUUAAUUUGAGACUUACCGGUCACCACCAAAAACUUGUAGAGCGAGCGGAGAAUGAAUUAGAAUUAGGGAUCAUCGCAGAGUCAAUGAACUCUCAUCGGAGGCCUUGAUCCGAUAAGCAUUCGAUCGUUGUAGAUCCGAGCUCGACCCGACCUAUUCCGUUCCGAUCCGGUGUCAGCAUCAGUAGCGGCAGCAUGUUUCUGUUCGACUGGUUCUACGGUGUGCUCGCGUCCCUCGGUCUCUGGCAAAAAGAGGCCAAGAUCUUGUUCCUCGGCCUGGAUAACGCCGGCAAGACCACCUUGCUCCACAUGUUGAAAGACGAGAGGCUGGUGCAGCAUCAGCCCACGCAGUAUCCAACAUCGGAGGAGUUGAGCAUUGGGAAAAUCAAGUUCAAGGCCUUUGAUUUGGGAGGCCAUCAGAUUGCUCGUAGAGUUUGGAGGGAUUACUAUGCAAAGGUAGAUGCUGUGGUGUACCUGGUGGAUGCCUAUGACAAGGAGCGGUUUGCAGAAUCAAAAAAGGAACUAGAUGCGCUCCUUUCGGAUGAAGCCCUAGCCACUGUCCCAUUUCUAAUUCUAGGGAACAAGAUUGACCUACCAUAUGCUGCCUCAGAGGAUGAGUUGCGGUAUCACCUUGGGCUGACCAACUUCACCACCGGCAAGGGGAAGGUAAACCUAACAGACUCAAAUGUCCGUCCAUUAGAAGUAUUUAUGUGCAGCAUUGUACGGAAAAUGGGGUACGGUGAUGGUUUCAAAUGGCUCUCUCAAUACAUCAAGUAGGAGGAUGUUCGACAAGGUGUACUACUCGUCGCACCUUACCUUGAAAACUUAUUCGGUCCUUGUUUUAUUUAGGCUCUUGGUGGGAUUUCAAAUUGGAUCUUUGUCUUUGGAUUGGUGUGGAAGGAAAUAUGAAUGUCAAUACUUUGUAAAAAUUUUAUUUAUGACCUCAAUCCUUGUCUAGUUUGUUUC